AUGGUGAGAAGUAGUCUAGACAUUUGGGCCAAUCCUCCGUGCCCUCGUGACCUCCCUCCCUCUCCCCCCUGCGCUCCUCCUGCCGCCAUCUGCUGCUGCCCGUGCAGGGACGUGAGCUUCAACUUCCUCAGAGAUAACGUCGACACGUGGGCCUCUCCCCUUAAACUCUCAACCAACCUGCUCUCGCUUCGUCUCAACAACAACUACCUCUACGGCUCUGUGCCUCUCUGGCUCGUCUCCUUUGCUAAGCUCACCAACCUCGAGCUGAGCAUGAACGCGCUAACGGGCACGUUCCCAGCACCCAUCUCCACCGCUCUGAAGCGCCUGAUGGUGGACCAGAAUUUCCUGGGCGGCACGUUCCCCGCCAACGGCGCCACGUUCUGCAUGGCGUACUACAACUGCCUCGCCAACUACAUCACGUGCCCCGCCGUCAACCCCAGCCUCUCCAUCCCCAGCUACGGCUGCCAGUUCUGCGGCCUUACCAACGCGCUGGGCACGGCGUGCAUGGGCAAUCCGUGCGUGCCCAUCACGCCGGCGCCCAUCACAGCCGUCAACAAGUGGAGCCCCGUGCCUGUCAUGCGCUGUGACCCCGUGCCCGUGCAAGCCUCCCAAGAUGCGCAAUUCAUUCUCUCCUCCCUUCUCCCCGUGGUGCUGGCAGCAGUGGCGCUGGCAGCGAUGGCACCGGGGCUGUGGACGCAGGCGACGGUGGUGGGGCAGGCAUACAUCCCCGGCACACUGCCAUCGCUCUUCUGCAACCCCUCCGGAAACGUCCUCGAUAUGUACGCCCCCUCCCUGCUCGCCCCCUCUGCUCACCCCUCUCUGCGCGCCGCCUCUGCUUGCCCCGCUGCUCUUCCCUUGACCCCCCCCCUCAAUCUCACCUUUUUGGGCUACUUCCCUGCUGAUGCCUCAAAGCUCACCGCGCUCACCAACCUGGACUUGUCCUCCAACCUCUUCUCCUUAUGCCUCGACAACUUCCUUGCGCCCUUCAUUCCCCUCAAGUCCCUCAUCGCCUUUCGCCUGCAGCAGAACUACUUCUCAGGCUCCUUCCCAGCCAACAUCUCCGCCCUCACCGCCCUCACUGAGCUGCGGGUGAACAUGAACUACCUGACGGGCAGCCUGCCAGCAGCGCUGCCAGCGAGCCUCAACGUGGUGGACGUGUCGAGCAACUACCUGGUGGGCACGUUCCCCACCACCACCGCCACCGCCGUCGCCUGCGCCAGCAACUGCCUGCAGGACGCCUCCAAGUGCCCCGCAGGGUCAGCUCAGCGCACUGCAGCUGCCUCCGCCAUUUGCCAGACGGCCGACGGCACGGGCAGGCUGUGUGGCGGCGGCGUGUGCUCGCCCAACGCCACGGAGCGCAUCGCCGCCAAGCUCAUGAACUUUGGCGAGUCCUCGCUGUACUGCGUGGGCGCGUCCAUGGACCCUGCCAUGGGUGAGUGCAUCAGGGGAUGGUGGCAUACAACAUGGGUGGGAGCGCUGCCAUGGCACUUCGGCGUAAUGCCUUUGACUCCAUUCACCACUGCCAUGAUGCUCCCACAUUCUCACCCUCUGCCACGGCGUGUGCUCCUUUCCUGUCCUGUCGCUGCUCUGCCCCUCGCGCCCCAUCAUCCCCCCCUCCCCCUCCCCCCUGGCAGCGGCGGCGCUGCUGAACAUGAAGCCGUCGGUGGGGGUGACGGCCACGGACUGGGCGGUGGAUGCGCCGUGCACCAUCUAGGGGCAGCCGCCGCUCGCAAGUGCAAUCUGCGGUCCAACUUACUGGAGGGCCGCCUGGACGUCUUUGCCGCCAACUUCAAGGUGCUCACCUCGCUCAAGGAAGCCUAUCUGGACUUCAACUGGUUCACGGGACCCAUCCCCUCCACGCUUGUCACCAUCACCACACUCUCCUCCUUGUCAGUCUCGCCGCUGCUUGCCAUGGGACUCCUCAUCACUCCUCCUAUUCUCUACUCACGUGCUUCCACACUAAACCUUCCUUGCCCGCCCUUCUGCCCUCCCUUCCCUACUUCCCUUGCUCGCAGUGGAGCGAGCUACAACUACCUGUACGGCGCCGUGCCGGCUCCAGGAGCAGCGCUCAAGGCCAUUGCCCUGGACGGCAACUGGCUGUCGGGCACCUUCCCCGGCACUGGCUUCUCCUCCUGCUCCGCCACCGCCAACUGUCUUGCCAGCAGCGGCGCCUGCACCACGGGAGGCACCGUGCAGCGCACCACCGCUGCCUGCGCUGUGUGCGACACCACCGACGGCUCGACCACCGUGUGCGGCGGCAGCACGUAUGCGCCCGACACUACUGCACCUCUCGGCAGCGGCACCCCCAACAGCGCGACGGCGGCGGUGCUACCGCGCUUCUGCGUGGGCGUGGCACUAGACGCCACGCAAGGCAACGUACUGCUGGUGCGCAAGGCCUCGCUGGGCGCCACCUUCUCCGACUGGACCGCCGCCACGCUCGCCGCCCUCAAGGCCACCCCCGCCAAGCCCAAGGCGCAGAGGAAGCGGCGCGUGCUACAAGCGAGGGGGGCAGCAGCGAUGCAGUACGAGUGGAAGGUGGUGGGGUCGUGCACCAUCCAGGGCCAGACGCCCAUUGCCGGUGUAUGGACCAGCAUGCGCUACUCUCCGCUAGGCCAAAUCCUCAGCCUGCGCCUGGCGUCCAACCUCUUGUUCGCCCGCCUCGACUCCUACGUCGUGCCCAUCACGCCCACUGCCACCCUCAAGGAGCUGUCCGUGCCGCCACUCCUCCGCCUCUCCCAUCACCCAUCCCUUCCUUCCCCAUUUGCUCUCUA